AUGUAUCCAAAGACUGAUGCGGAGAGAACAAACAAAGACGACGCCCCACAUUUUCCUUUACUUCAAUUCACUUGCCUCAACACAUCUUGGAGGACAAAUAUUGCCAGUACACUUGCACAAUUCGCUUUCGCCUUCACCUUCGGUUUCGGUUUCGCCACCAAAACGCCCAACAGAAAGGAGCCCACGAAACUCGUCCUUGAUCCUCACGCCCCGAAAGAGACCAGACUCAGCCCGAUCCCGACUUGUGGAGGGAUGUCUGGAAUGCCUUCAACAGACAGACUCACAACCUCCACAAAUACACGUCAACUGGGCAGGCGUUGGGUGUGCGGGCGAAAAGAAGCAGAUGCCUUGAGACCAACUCCGACGGCAACUUGUGCAAGGGGGAGUCGAGGCUACCGCCAGUUAACAACUGACCGACUGACAUGUUUGCCUAGCCUUAGCAACCUGCCUCAACAACUCGAGCACGCAAACAACGGGGCCUUCAUUCACGUGAUUUGUAAUCAAAACAAGCAUGCCGGCAGAUUUAGAAUACCUCCUGCUAGCCGACCACUUGUCUUCGACGAGAUCUAUUCGGCACUUUAUCUAAAGUUUCGGGCUCAGAUUAAAUAA